AUGUCAAGCCUCGCCGCGCUCCUAAAGCGGACCCACAUCGAAGACGACGAGGGAGUGCUCAAAGCCGCCAACAACGCUCUCAAACAGUCCAAAUCCGACCUCGAAGCACAGCACGUCAAAGUCGUCGCUCUCCUCAAACUCGACCGCUACGAUGACGCCUUGAAGACUCUGGAAGACGGCGGCGAGAGGCUCAAGCAGCGUGCGAGCCUCGAGCACUCUUACGCACUGUACAAAUCUGGCAAACCCUCUGCGGCAGCGGAGUUGGCGCAAAAAGGCACGAAGAGAGGAUUUCAUCAUGUAGAGGCUCAGGCACGGUACCGGAUAGAAGACUUCCCGCGCGCGGCGGAAUUGUACAAACAGCUGGCGUCUGGGACUUCGGAGGAUGCUCCUGCGGAUCUGUUGAUCAAUUCUGGUGCGGUGGACGCUCAGCUCGAGUGGACAGGACGAGGAGAUUUGGUGCAGAAGAAGAAGCCGGGCAGGGAAGAUCUGGAAGCGUUCGAGACGGCGUACAAUGCGGCUUGUGGGAGUAUCGCACGCGGAGAGCUGGGACAGGGUGAGGUGCUGUUGAAACGGGCCAAGGAUCUGUGCAGUGCGGUGGAGGAUAUGAGUGAGGAUGAGAAAGAGGCUGAGUUGCUGCCGAUCGUGGUGCAGCAAAUAUACGUUCUUGCGAAAUUGGGUCGGUCAGAGGAGGCGGAGGCAUUGGCGAAGGGACUGGAUGUGAGCAAGGUCUCGGAUGCGAGCACACGACAUAUUGCGAAGGUUAACGAGGUGGCUACAACGACGUCGGAGAACCCGUACUUGACGCAGAGACUGGUUUCGAAGGACCUCGAGACGCUCAAGCCGGACUACCCAUUCAAAUUCCAAUCGAUGGUACUGAAGAGCAAUACAUAUGCUGCGGGACUACAGGCUUUGAAAUUUGACGGCACGGCUACCUCGACACACCAGACUCUGUCGAAACAGACCUCACCCACUACGGAGCCAUUCUACACAUCGCUAUCGGUUGUCAAUGCUGCAGCACAUGCCAAGUGCCAGACUGGCAAGGACGCCUUGAAACACAUCCUGCCAGUGCUGGAGCGCCGUCCCAACGAUGUCGGUCUCGCUUUGACUAUCGCUCAACUCUACAUUCAGGCCGGCAAUUCUGGCGCGGCAGUAGCGCUACUGGGGAACUUUCUCGCUCGCCUCGAGCAAACGGCGCCCGAUGUGCGCUUUGCGCCGGGUCUCGUAGGUGCUGUGGUCAGCCUUUAUGACAGCCAAGGCCAGAAAGGACCCAUGCGCACAGAGCUUGCCAACGCUGCGAGGCACUGGCGGCAGAACACCAAGGAGAGACCGUCUGGCUACGUGCACCUGUUCAAAGCGGCAGGCAGAGCAUUACUGGACUCGCAAGAGCAGGACGACCUAGACCUUGCCCGCGACAUUUUCGAAGAACUCAACUCCCGCGACUCGAACGAUCGCUACGCAGCAGCAGGACUCCUAGCAGCAGCUCCCGAAAAGGCGUCUCGUGAACAGCUCGCCGCACUCCAGCCGAUAGAGCGUUUGAUCAGUGGCAUCGAUGUGGACGCAUUAGAGAACGCAGGAAUUGCUCAACCACCACAAACCGGCCUGCCAACAUCGCGGAAGCGACCAGCAGAAGACACGAAACCCAAAAAGGCCAAGAAGAUCCGCAGCAACCGCAUUCCCAAGGACUACGAUCCGAGUAAAACGCCAGACCCGGAACGAUGGUUGCCUCUCAAAGAUCGCAGCACGUAUCGGCCGAAAGGUAAGAAGGGCAAGGCACGGCAAGCGCUGUUGAGUCAGGGCGCAGCGGUCACGAAUGAGAGUGAUGGUAGUCGGCCGGCGACGCCGGGCGCGGAAGUGCUGAAGCAGAAGCAGGCAGCGGGUGGAGGCGGCGCGAAUAAGAAGAAGAAGGGGAAGGGUGGAAAGUGGUGA